AUGAAUGAAGAACAAGUCAAAAUUGCCAAUCAAUUGGCAAGGAAAAUUAAAUUUAUGGUCACUUCUCUCAAUGCUAUGAGGACAUUUGCAGCUGAAAGUCCAGAUGUCAUCAACAGGUAUCAAGUUCACAGUCGAAUAGAUGAACUAAAUGCCAUGGGUCAGGCAUUUGAGGAAAUGCAAGACAAGUUGGAACUGUUGGAGGAAAAACCUGAUGAGAAUUGUAAGAAUUGUAGAACGACUCAACUUUCAAUCAAUAAUAAUGGAUGUAAAGGCAUGCUUGAAAGGAAUAACUGGACCUCAUUCAUAGACAGUUUUAAUGCCGUAUUCCACAAUCACCCUGACUUGGAACCCGUACAGAAAUUCCAAUUUCUAAAAUCACAUUUAACUGGGAAUGCAAGUGACGUUGUGAAAACCAUUCCUCUCACGAAUGACAAUUACAAUCAAGCGUAUGCUAAGCUAGCUGAGCGAUAUGAAAAUCCAGGACUCAUCAUUCAGUCCCAUAUCCGAGCUCUGUUUGACACACCAAAGGUACAGUAUGCAUCAGCAAGUCAACUACAUCAAUUACACCACCACGUGGUCACUAACGUACGUGCCUUGGAGUCGCUGAAACAACCAGUUAAGCAAUGGGAUGCAUGGUUAGUAACAUUGUUAUGCUGUCGGCUCGAUAAUAUCACUGUGUCUGAAUGGCAAUUAAGACAAACAUCAAAACAGUUGCCUACAUUCACUGACUUGGAGCAAUUUCUAUCAAAUAGAGUAAAUGCUUAUGAGGCAGGUGAAAUAGCAAUUGGGUCAGCAGUCAAUGACAAGUACUCAAAAGUUAAGGCAACAAAAAACCAAAGUACUAAGACAUGUUUUGUUGCUCAAGAAAUAAAAAACAGUCAGUGUCCAAUCUGCAGUUAUAAACAUGAAAUAUAUAGAUGCUUUAAGUUCAAGAAUAUGACUGUCUCAGAGCGUCAAGAAGCUGCUCGAAAACAAAAUUUAUGUUUUAACUGCUUAUCAACUGGACACUCUUAUUCAAGUUGUAUAGCUGGGAAAUGUAAAAAUUGUAGCAAGAAACACAAUACUCUGCUACACAAGGAUACAAUUUCAAACACUGAACCAAAUCAACAAACACCGGCACAGUCAAGUCCAGAUACACCUACUUCUGCUGUUGAGCCUCAAGGAGCCCCUCGAGUACUUUGUGCACAUAGUCAGAAUAACAGUCAGGUACUACUUGGAACAGCAAUAGUGAAUAUUGAAAAUAGUACAGGUACAAUGCCUAUCUGUGGAGUUGGAUCUUCUGUGAUGAACACUUCAAGCUGGAUAUAUGGACAAGUGCAUUCAUUACAUUUCAAAUACUCAAAAAAGGUAGAAAUGUCCAUCAUCAAUGCAAUUACACAUCAACUUCCUGCAGUAUAUAUUGAUGUCAGCCAAUGGAAAUUACCAGAGCAGGUUCAAAAUAACCUAGCUGAUCCAGAUUUUUAUAAACCAGGUAACAUUGAUCUGUUAUUGGGAGCAGAAUUGUUCUUCGACCUGCUAGGCAAUGAACAAUUAAAAGUAAACAAUCAAUUAGUUACUAUUCGCAACACCAAGCUAGGGUGGAUAGUAUCUGGAAGGGUAAAUUCAGCUCAACACCCGGUACCAUCAAUGUGUUUAGUGUCAUCAAUCUAUAACAAUGACGACAAACCUUCUAUCUUGUGCAACGAAGCAGUUAAAUGCGAGGAACAUUUCAAGUCCACAUAUACUAGAACCAAAGAAGGCCGUUUCAGUCUCAAGCUUCCCAUCAAGGACAUAUCAAUUCUAGGAUCCUCGUAUGAAAUGGCUCGUCGACGUUUCUUUAGUUUGGAAAAACGACUGUCGCAAAACGAUGAGUUACGUUCAAAAUAUAUCACAUUUUUACAGGAAUAUGAAGCAUUAGGGCACAUGUCACAAAUUAAAAAUGUUGAUGCCGUACAUACCAACUGUUAUUAUCUCCCACAUCAUGCAGUGCUGAGAGCAGAGAGCCUCACAACAAAAACAAGAGUUGUCUUUGAUGCAUCAGCCAAGACCACCAGUGGUAAAUCUCUAAAUGAUGUGUUGAUGAAUGGUGGAGUUGUCCAAGAUGAUUUGGUGUCAAUAUUAUUACGGUUUAGAAUGCACAAGUUUGUCAUGACUGCAGACAUUGAAAAAAUGUACAGACAGAUAUUAAUUGACCCAGAACAUAGGACCUACCAAAGAAUACUAUGGAGAGACUCACCGAAAAAGGAAUUGCUACAUUUCCAACUCAAUACAGUAACUUAUGGAACAACAUCUGCUCCAUUUCAAGCUACUCGGUGUUUACAAGAACUUGCAAAUAUAAGUGAAGCAGAACAUCCACAGGCUGCUCAAGUAAUCAAACAAGAUUUUUAUGCUGAUGACCUGAUAACAGGUUCUCACUCAAUUAACAAUUGUCAAGAAAUCCAAAGAAAGGUCACCAUGAUACUCCAGUCAGCAGGAAUGACUCUUCGAAAGUAG